CAAAGAGGCGGUAUUAUCGCUAAGAAGCGAUCACUGUCAGGCAACAGGAGUUCGGAAAAAACGAGGAGAAUAAACUGCAGCUGGUACAAAAUUUUAAAAUAUUAUCAAAAAAUAAAUAUAAACUAUUAGGGACAUGUCCGCCUAUGAAAAUCAAAGGCCUUUUAUAAAAAAUUUCAAUCCCCAUACCGCGGAUUUCGAAGCUAAAAGUGAAAGUUUUAAAGGCUACCCUGUAAAAAAGACUAUGGGCAAAACAAUUGACACUAAGGAGAAAAAGGAUGAAGAUUUCAUCCCCCCAGAUGGGGGAUGGGGUUGGAUGAUUGUCAUCGCCGCUGGAUUUUCAAACUUAUCAACGCUCCCAAUGCUACAACAAUUCGGCCUAUUGUUCCGGGACAAGUUUUCAAGGCUCGGGAUCAGCAGUUCGGAGACCACCACUAUCAUCAAUAUGAACUCCGCCCUGACCUCUUGCGUCGGUUUAGCUAAUGGACCAGUAUUCAAGACAUUCAGCUAUCGCCAAGUUUCGCUGACUGGAACAAUCGUCGUAUUUAUUUCUUUAUUAUGUACAACGUUUUCCUAUAAUUUUGCGACAUAUCUGAUAUCAUUCUCAAUUUUGUAUGGUGCUGGAUAUGGUAUAAGUAGUUCCGCCAAUGCUCUAGCACUAAACACAUAUUGGAAAAAUAGAAGAAGACUAGCAACUGGUCUAUCAUGGACAACGACAGGUCUUGGGCCCAUAAUAUGGCCGCAAAUAAUAACUGCACUGUUUACCAUUUUUGGCGAAACCGGUGCCAUGCUCAUUAUAAGUGGUUUUGCAUUACAUGCUAUUGCUUGUGCACUUUUGCUACAACCAGUGGAAUGGCAUACUAAGUCCUCAAGUCCAAAGGAGCAAGAUGAAGAAAAAUUGUUAACACCAGAUAAGACAGCAUCUAGUCCGCUAAACGAUAAGAAAAAUCAAGACAGCGGUUACUUUAGUCAAGUAUCGAAAUUUAAAAAUCUUAGUGUGUUCUCAAGUCAAUAUCUCUAUAAUGAAGACGAUCCUGUGACUCCAGGCUAUGAAAUAACAGACCCAGGAAUACCUAUGAUGGUGAGAGCUAAUGAUGGAUACUUCAGUCAGUCGAGACAAUCCAGAAGUAGACUAUCAUCAAGGGAUGGUUCUGCGAAAACGUCUCGUCUUAAUUCUAAAAAGCCUUCAAUGUCAAAUUUAUUGGAAAAUCGAUCACGAAAAUCUUCGACAUUGUACCUUAAUGAAUCUAAGAAAAACUCUUCAGCUAACUUGGGUGCGCUUGGUCAGGAACGUGAUACAAAACAGACAAGUAAACCGAAACGUAAAACAUCAAUAACACUUGAUACCCAGAUCCCGGAGUCAGAAAUAGAAGAUUGCCCAACUCUUAAAGCUCCACAAGACUUAAAAGCAGAGGAAAAGGCUGCUGUAGAAACAAUUGAUCCCCUAAAAGCUAAAUACAUUGCAGAUAGAGCUGAAAAACAUUUAGCGGGAACGAAAAGUAUCAAAUCUUUUAAGAUGGAUGGACAAUACAGUGAAAAAUACAAUAAAGAUAAUCACAGUAAUAUCUCUUUCAAAGAUGAUAUAGAUGAAAGGAAAUACUUAAAAGAUAAUCAUAGUAAUCAGUCAAAUCGUACGACAAGACAAAGACGAAAGUCAAAUAAUUUCAAUUACGAAAGUGAAGUUCUUAAACAAGCUUCCCUUAAAUUAGAAGAAUAUUUAAAAGAAAGUGAAGAUAAAGUUGACAAAUUCAAACUUUUGGUAAAUAGUCCAUUAGAUGAUAAUGUAUUUGACGAUAGAAAAGAAGAAUGUCAGGAAGAAGAAAAAGAGAAGGAAUUGACUUUUUGUGAAAAAUUUGCGAUGUUUUUUGAUUUAGAUCUUUUGAAAGAUUUUACAUUUAUUAACCUAAUGUUAGGUAUUACUUUAGCAAAUUUUAACGAAUUGAAUUUUUCCAUUUUGACGCCGUUUAUCCUUGGUGACUAUGGAUUGUCAAAGCCACAAGUAGCAUUGUUUAUGUCCCUUCUAGCUGGAGUAGAUAUUUGUGUUAGAUUUUGCAUACCAUUCGUCGCCGGCAAGAUUGGAUGGGACAAUAAUUCAUUUUUUCUAUUUGGAGUCUUAUCUAUGGCCAUGGGAAGAGUUGUUUUAGCCUAUUGGCAGGAUUAUAGUGUAGUUCUCAUGGUAGCAGUUAUUAUCGGCUUUGGGAAAGGACUGCGAACAGUAUUCAUGGCACUUGUAAUUCCAACACAUGUGCCACUACACAAACUACCAGGGGCUUCUGGUAUACAGUUAUUAACUGCUGGAAUUCUUUACUUAGCCUUAGGGCCUAUAGUGGGAUGGAUUAAAGACAGUGCAUCUACCGCCGUGACGUUGCACUGUCUUAAUAUAUUCACGUGGCUCACAGCGAUAUCAUGGGGUCUAGAAAAAUAUUUUACAUCGAGAAGACAGAAAGGCAAAAUUGAAAGUGAAAUAAUCAGCGCUGACAAUGCUGUGAAAAAUAAUAAAGUCCUUGUGGAUAUUUCGUGUUUUUCGAGAAAUGCGACUAUUUCGCAUCCGCAUACACUUGUCACGAUGCCUGGUGCAAUGAAUAAAGUACCACCCGAUGGAGGGUAUGGAUGGGUCAUCACUUUCGCCUACGCGUUGAAUAAUGUUGUGGUACUCCCUCUUAUUUCUGGCUUCGGGCUAGUUUUCCAAGAAGCCUUCGAUGAGACAGGUCUCACUGCAACACAAGGGACUCUUGUAAUUAUAUUAAACCAUGGGCUUGGUAUGCUUCUAUCGUUCUUCGGUGGACCUGUGCUCCGGCGGUUUGGCUACCGAAAAGUGGCGGUAGCCGGCGCUCUAUUAAUCACAUCCGGCCUAAUUCUAACUGCAUUCUCGUCUAAUUUCUGGUUAUUUAUAAUUUCCUACAGUAUUAUUAAUUCUAUGGGAGUAGCAGCAGUAAUGGCAGCAUUUUCUUUAGCAAUAAAUUCAUUCUUCAAAGAGAAAAGAGGACGAGCCAUAGGUGUUGGCAUGUCCAUUACAGGACUUGGAGCCAUAUACAUGCCCCUAGUAAUGAGUGUACUUAUUUAUGCAUACGGCUGGAGAUACGCUGUCUUAAUAUUAGCUGCUAUCUGUCUGCAUUCACUUUUGGCAGCUUGUUUACUUAGACCCGCCAAAUGGUACUUAAAGGAUCCAGUAGUUUCUGAAGAAGAAGUUCCCUUAAACAACGCUGGUAUUGAGCUUGUUAAUGGUAGCGUUACAACAUCAUCAAAGCACACAGAUGCCACAUCAAAUGGUAAAUUGGAGGAAUCAAUUGAAAAUGGAAUACCAUCACCCAAAAGUGUUUCCAUGAAAUCUUUAACAAUUGCAAAUGGUCUACAAUCGAGAAAUGCGAUCUCACAUCCUGAUAUCAGAAAGAACACAUCUGACCUUCCUCUUGCUGAAUCAAAAUAUAAAUGGUGGGAAUCACAAGAAAUCAAUUUGGGUAGCUCGAUUAACAUAUUCAAUGAAAAAGAUGUAACCAAUAGAAAAGAAAAAGUUGAAGAUAAAAUUGAAUUAGACGGAAAAUCAAAAAGCUUAUUCCAGAGAUUUGUAGAUUUUUUUGAUCUUACGCUGCUGAGGGAUCCUAUAUUUGUAAAUAUUUUGAUUGGGCUAUCAAUAGCGUCCUGUGUGGAGACAAACUUCUCUCUUCUGUUGCCAAUAAUACUAAAGGACAUGUUGCAAUUUGAAACGGCGGACAUUGCAAAGAUCAUGGCUGUUAUUGGUUUUUCUGAUACUCUUUUCCGAUUCAUUGCCCCAUUCAUCGGCGAAUGGUGUCAUAAACCACCUCGAGUCAUGUACCUGGUGAGCUUGAUAAUAAUCAUCUUUAUAAGAACAAUGAUGAUAUUUACGACAACAUUCAGUGGGAUGCUAUUUGUUGCACUAGGGAUGGGUGUCACUAAGGGCGUGAGGACAGUCUACAUGAACAUCAUCAUACCAAGCUACGUGCCCUUGGAACGGUUGCCUUUCGCGUCUGGUAUUCAGAUGUUCCUUAAUGGAAUCAUAAUUAUCACUAUUGGAUCCCUUUUAGGUCGCAUACGAGACUAUUCUGGAUCCUACAAGAUACCCAUAACAGUUCUCAACGUGGUUACUAUGCUAACUGUUAUUUUCUGGAGCGCAGAGUUCCUUUACUUUAGGAUAAAGAACAAAAAUAACAUACAAACAUCUGAGUGAACAAUUUAUUUAUAAAACUACGUUUAUAUUUAUAAAGAGUUUUUUUGGGACAACGACUGCAGUUCUUUGUAUCAGAAGUUCCGGCAAAGGAAAUAACUUUUUUUUUAAUCAUACUUAUUAUGUUUUCAUUCACGCUUGACUUUGGCCAAAUCUUAUCAUUAUAUGUCUCUUCCUGUAAAAUUUGUGUUUUGUGGGUAAAGUCGGAGAUAACGUCUCGAUUUUCUGGUCAAAGUUCGGAACAGCCCGAAGCGAGUCUACGAGCGUCUAUUAUAGUCAAAUUUUUUGACUACGUAGAUCACUUUGGUAUAUACUGUGUAGCCAUUUGAUAAAAUAUCCAGUCAUUAACAAAAAACCUUUUUUUGUUAAACAAAUAGUUCUAGCUAGGAUGAACAAAUU